AUGCCUCUGAGCUCCACGUCGGCUGCCUCAGAGACGGCUGCAAGCCAAGAGGACCCAGCAGAAAAGGCAGAGGAAAAGCAGCGCAUGGAAGGGAAGCCAGCCCCCCAGGAGAGCAGCCCCCUGGCCUCCAACCCCACCCUCUCGGAAGUGGUCUCCGAGCUGACGUCCUGGAAGAAGAGCAGUCAGAGGAGGAGCAUGUGGACUGUCAAUCAUGUUGAGGGGACGAAACUCAGGAUGAGCAAGAGAAGAUCCAGUUAUCGUCCAGAAGACCAAGAGGCCUUCUACCGGCUUCUGGAGGACCCUGUUAUCCAGAGCUUCCUGGAAGCUGAUAUUUUCCUGAAAGUGUCCGACAAGUACCUGCUCUCCAUGGUGGUGGAGUACUUCGGCCGUGUCGGGCUGCCUGGUCACCUCUACAACAGGAUCCACUUCUUCCUGGCCCUCUACAUCGCCUCCGACAUGGAGGAGGACAACCCCACAUCCAAGCGGAGCAUCUUCCAGUUCCUGCUGGGCAGGGAGCACUGGCCAGACCUCUACAAGGAGUUCCUCAAGCUGAAGGUGGAAUUCUUCCAUGCGAUGGAGCACCGAGCCUGGGUCACCCCGGAUUUGUGUGAGGAGCUCCCGCCCCCUCUCCCUCCCCCACCACAGGGCCUCCAGGCAGCUGUAGAGGGACAGCACUGGGCCUCCAGCUCUCCUCAGGCCCGCAGACCAUGGCAGCCUGAACCUGGGGUGUCGAAACCAGCCAGUGGCACGAUGGCCCCCCAGCCUUCCAGUGGGUGUCAGCUGACAAAGGCCCUGACCCCUGAGUACUCUGAAAGGAUCUAG